AUGGAGCACAUGUCCAAGGACCGGUCGGCCGACGACGGUCGCCGAGAGGACCGGCUGGCGGCCGAGCGGCCCGACCCCGGCCGGCGCGCCGAUCAGUUCACCCUCUGGACGCCGGACAGCGACAUCGGCUCAGUGCGCCGCCUGCUGGAGGCCGCCGACGGGGAGCAGCGGCCUAGGAAGGAGAGAACCACUUUCACGCGCCAGCAGCUGCAGGAGCUGGAGAAGGAGUUCACCCACUCCAACUACCUCACCAGGCUCCGGCGCUACGAGAUCGCUGUCGCUCUGGAUCUCUCCGAGAGGCAGGUCAAGGUGUGGUUCCAAAACCGACGCAUGAAGUGGAAGCGAACCAAGGGCGGCCGACCUCAGGAGACGCUGAUCGCCACCUGAGCCCGCCCGCUCGGCGACGUGACGGUGACGUGACGUGACGUGACGAUCCCGCUCCGAGACGUGACGCCCAGAGGCGACGCGGACGACCGAGGCCCCCACCCUGCUCACCAGGGGGACGUCAGCGACG